UACACCGCAGAGCCCAAUUUCUCUGGCCUCUUCCGCCUCAUCGACGACUUUGACAAAUACUCGUCGCAAGCCACCGGCAGUGAUGACGGCCAAAUCAAUCGUCGCGGCCAACACCAAAUUAUGCAAACCUUCACUCCCAAGUUCGACUUAAGGGAGACAGAAACUGCCUACGAAUUGCACGGCGAGCUCCCAGGCAUCGAGAAGGAUGCAGUUCACAUCGAGUUCAAUGACGAGCAAACCAUCAGCAUCCGUGGCCGCGUCGAGCGCUCCCACAAUUUGCACAGCGGCGGCGACGACGACGAAAAUCCGGAGAAGCCUGUCAUGGUCGGCCGCAAGGGCUCGGCUGAUAACGGAUCCGACCAUAACAACAAGAAGGGGGCGCACCAGAACGGUGGCUCCUCCUCCACGACUGAUGUCGCGAAGGCCAAUGAAUCGGACACUCAGGUCUCUGCGGCUACUGUUCCAGCCAACAAAGUCAAAUACUGGGUUUCGGAGCGCAGUGUUGGCGAGUUCUCUCGCUCCUUCUCGUUCCCGCAGCGCGUGGACUCGGAGCAUGUCACAGCUGCACUCAACAAUGGUGUUUUGAAUGUUACGGUUCCUAAGGCUCAGAAGCCUCUGGGACGACGCAUCGCUAUUAAUUAA